AUGUUCCGAGUCCCCUUUACCCGAGAUAACAAUGCAGUGGCUCAACUUAUCAGGAGUUGCUUCACAUCUUUUCUUGGGCCGCUGGUUAAUGGACGAUCUUGCUUUGUAGCGACCAGAGGAGUCAUUAAUUUGAUGGGGCAGUCUCCCGGUCAAAGCGGUUGCCGGCUUUCUAUAUCACCUGGAUGUCUUUACAUGCGGUCUUGUGGGAUGUUUCUCGACAAUAAUUUUGUAUGUGAAGAGAUCUUCAAGGUUGUCAUUGAGAGAGCCCAUGCAUUAGCAAAUGAAUGUGGUUGUGAUAUCAAUGGACCUUCUUAUCUGAUGUCAGGCCGGAUGUCAAUAUCUUGUGCAUUAUCCUCCGUAGAGCAGAUAGCAUCACUUGCAGCAACUAUGCUUUGUCAUGCUGGUGGGGUGAAGUUGAUCCAUCUCAUGUACGAUCAGAUUGUACCAACUUUGCUUCUUUCACCUGGAGAUAGGAAACUGGGUUCUGUCGGAUCGUUGUGCAGCAUAUUCGAAGGAUUUGCUUUGGCGUUUGUUCUCCUCUUGUCUGGGGCCAGCAUUUGGGGAAUUGGAGAAAACCCCCCAGUUUACACUUCGGUACACCCAUCAAAGAGGCAACGGAUUGUAGGCAUGCACUUGGAGUUCAUAUCCAUGGUAAUGGAGGGCAACAUGGAUCUUGGUUGUGGUCAGGCAACAUGGAGGGCAUAUGUUCUCUGUUUUGUGGGUUUGCUUGUCGACUUUGUGCCAGCGUGGAUCCCUCAGGUGCCGCUCAAGACGCUGCAGAAAUUGGCCUCGGGGCUUAAGAAAUGGCAUGAGCAUGAUCUUGCGCACUCUCUGCUGGAGCGAGGAGGGCCGGAGGCCAUAAGUAUAGUGGUUGAGCACAUGCUAUGA